AAAGGUUCAGACAACUCCAAACUGCUCCUUCACAUCGAGAGGAGCAAGUUGAGGUGGCUCGAGCAUCUAAUCUGGAUACCUCCCGGACGCCUCUCUGCUUAGGUGUUCCGGGCAUGCCCAGCCGGGAGAAGGCCCCGGGGCAGGCCUAGGACACACUGGAGGGAUUAUGUCUCACAGCUCGUCUGGGAAUGCCUUGGUGUCCUACUGGUGCAACUGGAAAGUGUGUUUGCGAUAAGUUGCAAUGAGUCUGUGGAGGAACUUUGGCCCACUCAUCUUUGCAGAACUGUUGUAAUUCAGCCACAUUGGAGGGUUUUCCAGUAUGAAGCGCCUUUUUAAGGUGGACUUGCUGGUGUGUUUUGGGUCAUUGUCCGACUGCAGGACCCAAGUUGGUUUCAGCUUGAGGUCACGAACAGAUGGCUGGACAUUCUCCUUCAGGAUUUUUUGGUAGACAGCAGAAUUCAUGGUUCCAUUUAUCACAGCAAGUCUUCCAGGUCCUGAUGCAGCAAAACAGCCCCAGACCAUCACACUACCACCACCAUAUUUUACUGUUGUGAACACAGAGGCUGCCGGUAAGACCUCAUCAUGGCGCAAAGGAUGUUCCAUGAAAGUGGGCAAGAUGGCAGGUCAGUUCUGGGAAUGGUAGCAGUACAAGUGGAAAAGGACCCCAAGACAGGAGCCACCGUUGUCCGGUCAGUGGCGCCCAUGUCCACAGAGACCAGUGCUCCGCCGGCCACGACCGUUUUUGACGACGGCAGGAAAAGCAUCCAUGCAGUCGCUGGGUCAGGCUGUCAACCCUCAACGGAAGAGCUUGGACAGAUUUUGAGUGUUGUCGACGGGGUUGGAAUGAGAGUGGUGCUAGAUGAGGUCCCCGUCACCCCAAAUGAAGCAGAGUAUAAAAUGGUUCAUGCGGAAGCAAACAGAAUUCCCUUUGGAGGAAUGCAAUGUUUUCCUGCCCAGGGUAUGUCCAAAAAGAACUAUAUGCAGUUCGACAGCUCCAGAAGCCCUAACUCUGACGCUAAACUGGGGAUAGAAGUCACCUGUGAGAGUAUGGGAGCGGAGGAUGUAAACACGAUGGUGGUUCGAGAUGCAACAGGAAAGGAGGUGAACAUGGAGGAUCGAAAUCUGGAGGAAAACCCAGUCACCCUUGUGUUCCUGGGCUACACCAAUUCUACCCAAGAAAUGCAGGAUAUGCUCACCGCAGAGCGAGUGAUUAUCACUGAGGACGGAGAUGAACACAUGCUGGGACCGCAGUCAACAUUACACAGUGGAACAGAUCAAGAGGUGGGAACAGAAGGUGAAAUGCAGCAGAACAUUCCCCUGAAGGAAAAUGAUCAAACAGCUCAAGCCCAGGAAGAUAAUGCCGAUAAGGAGUCAUCUUCAACCCACGCUAAAGAGGAAAAAUCCCAGUCGAAGCGCAAGACUUGUCAGUGUUGCUCGGUCAUGUAGGACGUUUGAUCGUAACCAUGCUUAGCGAUCCGUCAAGGAUGUACCACGCCUUUCACCCAGAGACAGCUGGGAUAGGCUCCAGGUGACUCAUAACCAUGAACAGGUGAUAGAACAAUCUGUUUCUACCUAUGAACCGCUUUAUCCUCCUGAGAGCCAGCCAUUACCCCACAAAGAAAUGUGUUUUAGGGCAGAAAUGUGAAUGUAAACCAAAAACCGCCAGCAGUUUACUGUCAGCUGACCCCCAUUGUGCUCAUUUAGACAGUUGACAUGCAUCACGGGGCUAUUUUUUCCUGAAAUACCAAAGAAGUAAACCACAAACAAAUGUCUACUGCAGAGGACACAAAUGCAUAGGUUGGCUCUCAGGAGGAUACAAAAUAUGAAGAACUCAUUUCACACACAUACAACCUGCUUUGGACUUCCCCAUGACUUCCCACCAUUUGACUCUGACUGGUGCUAUGCUGUAAGUCAGCAAAUGUGGACAGGCAGCUUCUCAACAGCGCUCUCAUGAAAACCACUUCCUCCCCCUAGAGGAGAAAGGCAAGCAAAUCAUCAUGCACUCCUCCCCCUGUUUACCUCAGGACAUUUUUGUGCUCCUUUUCACCCUCCAAAAACUGUUUUAUAUGUUUUGUAUGCAAUAAUAAUAUACAUGGGUGGAAUGCAAGUAUAUUUGCAUGGAUAAAGUAUGUUUUCUG